AUGAACACCUCCAUGGAGUCAGUGUCAGAGUUUGUGCUGCACUGCGUGAUUGAUUCAAGUCAGAGGAACUAUACGAUUGCAGCUCUCAUCUUCAUUUACUUGAUGUCAAUUUGUAGCAACCUGCUGGUUUUUCUGGUCAUAGUGCAGAACAAUCAGCUUCAAACGCCCAUGUUUCUUUUAAUUGCAACUCUUGCAAUACUAGACAUGCUGAACAGCUCUAAUCUUAUUCCACGAAUGGUAGCCAUCCUCAUUUCAGAUUACCUUGCUGUUCCAUAUGGACCUUGCAUUCUGCAGAUUGAUGUAGAAGCUCACAUUCUGGUAGUCGGAACUCUUGUUAUAUCCCUCAUGGCAGCUGACCGCUAUGUUGCUGUCGUUUAUCCCCUCAGAUACCCUUCAGUGAUCACAAAUCAAACAGUGUUGGUCUGCAUCUUACUAACCAAUGUCAUUUCAGUUAUAUUCAUCAUACCAUUGACAGUUCUUUUGACCGAACUUCCUUUUUGUCAAGGUAACAUUCUUUCUUCUUGUUUCUGUGAUUAUUCUGCAAUGGUUCAGAAGUCAUGUACUGAAGAUCCCAGGUAUUUGAGUUAUCUCUCCGGCCUGACAGUUCUUUUUGUCAUUGGCCCACUGCUACUGAUUUUGUCUUCGUACCUUCGAAUCACUUUGGCAGCACUGCAAAUUUCUUCUGUGGAAGAAAGAAAAAAGGUGUUUAGCACCUGCCUGACUCACUUAUUGGUGGUUUGUACUAUUUAUAUACCUCUGAUUUUGUCAUACCUGUUACCAGGAACUGGGAUUAUUUUGUCUACUGAAGCCUACAACACUCUUGUCAUAGUUGGCAAUACUGUUCCUCCUACGUUGAAUCCCAUUAUUUAUAGUUUUCGCAAUAAGGAGAUUAAAACAAGCCUUUACAAAUUUUUCAUGAGGAAAACAGCUGGAGGAAAUUAA